CGACAGCGGGAGGUGGCAGAGUGUAGUCCACCAUGGGAAGGUCAAGAUCACGAAGCAGAAGUUAUGGCCGUAAUCGGAGAAGUCGAAGUGACAGUUAUGACAGUCGCAGCCCAACUCCUGAUGAUGGCUUCCGUGUCCAUGUAUCAGACCUGGGCAUUGAUCCUUCCAAAAGAGAAAUAGAAAGAUGUUUUGACAAGUAUGGUCCUAUAAUGGAGGUGUGGGUGGCUAGAAAUCCUCCCUGUUUUGCAUUUAUUGUCUACAGGUACAAGGAGGAUGCAGAAAGAGCUAUACGGGAAAUGGAUGGCAAAACAAUGUGUGGAGGAAGGGUGCGUUGUUCAUUUGCACGUCCACGAACCCGUGGGAGACGAAGUCGUGGCUUUGACCCUAACUUGAGAUGUUAUACAUGUGGAGAGAAAGGCCACUUCUCACGAGAUUGUAUAGAGAUAUGGAGACAAAGAAGACGAAACAAUAGCAGAGAGCGCUAUAGUAGACGACGAAGUAGAUCAAGGUCCCGUUCAAGGUCAAGAUCAAGGUCAAGAGACCGCUCUCGGCGUUCAAGAAGAAGCAGAAGUCGUAGCAGAAGAAAGAGCAGAAGUGAGAGUAGGAGCAGGCGUAGGUCAAGGAGUAGGAGUAGGAGGAGAAACAGACACAGUAGGAGCAGGUCCAGGUCUAACUCAAGGUCAAAGAGGAGGAAAAAGGACAGGAGUAGGACACCUGAGGAUAAACAUCGUGACAGAAAAGAGGACAGAGCGAAGGAAAAACAACAACAUGAUAAACAAGAAAAGGAAGAAGAGAAAGAGCAGAACACAGAAUCUAACAGGUCUAGAUCACACAGUAGAGAAAUUGAAGCAAAUGGAAGUCCUGUAAGGUCAAGGUCACAGUCCAGAGAGGACAGAACAGGUUCACACAAUAGAGAUGAAAGGUCAAGGUCACAUUCAAAAGAAGAAAGGUCACGAUCUCCAGAUCAAUCUAAUGAUAACAAUUCAAGAUCAGUCAGCCAUAGUCCUAGAUAUUCAAGGUCAAGGUCAAGAAGUCCAGAGGCGAAAGAUGAUGAUGAAGAUAUUGUCGACCCCAUGGAAACUGCUGAGGAUGCUGAAUAACAUGUUUACAGACAUCUUGACAGAUAAAAUGCAUGCAAGACUGCAACAGAAUAAUCUGCUGGGUUUUGUCAUUUUUUUCAGGAAACUCUUAUUUCAAUUUUUUUUUUUUUUCAAGGCAAUUGUGUAUAUUCCUAAAAUCUGUUUAAUUUUAAUAAUUGAGUGUGAUUGCAAUAAGGAGAUUUUAAAAGUAGAAUAUACAUUUUUGCUAUUUGUAUGUAAUAUUUCAUCUUUCAUUUUCAAACAAAUUUUGAUAAGGAAUGUCUAAUUUCAGUUCUGGAAUCACGUGGAUAAAAUAUUUAGCAAAUAAGUAGAGGGUUUACAGGGAAUGAUAUUAUGACAGUUUUCUUGAAUUUAACAAAUUUGAUAGGUCAGCCUGUAUGACAUCUAUUGUUAAAACUAAGAAUUGUGUGUAAUUACUAAUCAAAGGUGCAUUGUGACAGUUCUUCAAUGCAUAUCUUAUGUAUAAACAUAAUCAGAAAAUCAGUAGUGAUUUAAAUGUGUUCUGUAUGUUAACACUAAUUAUUAAUCAGGAGUCCUGAAAUGAAACUUUUAGAAUGUUUCUUUAAAAAUCUGCCUGUAAAAUAAUUAACAAUCAGAAGUCGUGAAAAGGAAACCCAUGAAAUGUUUCUUUUAAAUUUGCCUUUAAAAUAAUUGAUAAUCAGAAAUUGUUAUAUGAAACUUAUUGACUGCUUCUCAAUAAAACUGCCUGUAAAAUCAAAUUAAUGUAAGUGGUAGGACACAUGAAUUUUGUUCAGCUAUGAUAACAUAGUGAACAUACACAUCAACAGUUCCUGGUAAUGGUUACAAUUAUCAAAUGAAGCAACACUACUUAAAUUAUUCUACAUUGGGAACAUCUACAUUGGGAAUGGAGAAAAUUGAGAAUGGAUCAAAUCAUUGUUCAGAAUAUUCCUUGAAAAAAGAAAUUCAUCGGGAAUCUUUUUUUUCUUUGCUGAAUGAUUGAAUACUACAGUUAUAUAGAGUAACACCUGUAGAAGAAGGACACAAUUGUAUUAGUAGUACAAACGGUAUCGGACAAUUAGUCUGUUUAGAGUAAAACCUUUUUAUUAGGAAACGUUUGCUGCAUAGAAGUGUUAUCUGCAUUGGCAAAUGAGGCAAAAGGAAGGGUAGACUGAAGUUUGAUAUUAGAGAUGAAAUAGAAGACUUUAGGAGUUAAGAUUGAAUUAAUCAAUGUGUUUUUAUACAACAGUAAAUUUAAUUCCGUUUGUACUGUUAUAUGGACAUCUUUUGAAGAUUCUUGAUUAUACACGAGAUUAAUGUUUGAUAUUUUUUGUGUUCAUUUUUAUCUUUUUUUAAUGAGUAUUAUUAGUCAGUGAUGUUCUGGUUUGUAAGAAUAUGAUUUUAACACAUAUUCUUCUUCAUGCAGAAUGUUGUAGAUUAUAGAUAAUACCUUGUUCAGGACAUUCAGUUGACCCUUGACCUUAGCAAUAUCAGAUAUCAUAUCACAUAUUGGAGGGGUAAAAUCAUGGAAUCACAAAUGUGAAGAAUCAAAUCACUGAAAUAGACAUAUCUGUUUAAACUCAUAAGUUCAUGAAUCAAUUAAAUACAUUCUCUUUCAAGGGUCUACUGAAUGUCCUCUUGGUUUUGGUUACAAUGUAGAUUGUUGAUCCAAUAUCAGCGAUCAGUGUAUAUCACUGUUGUCUAUCAGCUGUUGCUUUUGACCGUAACUUUAUGUCGGAUUUCUAUUCAAAUGAUCACACAACAAUAUAGCUUGACUGUAUUUGUGCUUUUGUUUUAUCAAUAGUUGAUAUUCUCGUUAGAAAAUGGUGUAUAAAAUAUUGAAUGUUUUGGUGUAAAAUUGUGGUCGUUAUGCAGAAACAGAUGAACUCAAACUAAAAUCACAUAUUCAGACGUCAUCUUUGCUGCUUAUUAAGAAGUAUCAUGGUUUGAUUUGUAUUGAUGAAUAUUUAGGGCAGAUUUUGAAGUCAGUACAUGGUGGUCAUUGUUACGUGUUGUGGAUAUGAAGUUAUGUGUGCUUUAUGUCCAAGUCAAUCGGUCAUUGAUAUUUCUCUUCUGAUUAAUGCUGUUAUUUUUGCACAUCACUUCUCAGACCAGACUUUUUGAGAAAUAUAAAAAAAAUGGAUCCUAAAAUUCAUUCUUAGAUUCAUGAUGUCAUUAACCAUGAGUGCGAGACAAAUAUUUUCCUUGAAAUAUUUUAACCAAUACAUUAUCUAUCACAUUUAAACAUGAAAAAAUCUGGUUUAUGGAUUCUAAUUCCUUACGGUCAAAUUUGUUAAUUUAUAUGAAGAAAUGUGAUUUUUUUUUUUUAAAACGAGACCUUUAUUAACGUAUACCCAGUCUUAUUAUUUUCUAAAAUUGAAAACAUAGUUCUCAAUAUAAAAUCAAUUCCAGUCUGUGCUAACACUCGUUCAAUCUGGAGCCAGAUGUAUGAAGAGUUAGGAAUCUGAUGUAUAUAACUUUGUCUUCUCGUGGUUUGAGGCUUUAAAUUGUAGAGUUAACACAAUAUGAAUGUGUAUUUGAUAACUAAUGUUUGCUGUAAUUUCUGUAAUACUGUAUAAAAAUUUGAAAACAUCCUCCACUGCACAUGUCUUCUAAAUAUGGAAUAACCAGGCAGUAGAUCCUAAAAUCUUUCAUCCAAAUCUAUCGCAAGUAGAAGUGAUAUGUCAUCAGCAUUGGAGACUAACACUUAAUAUACAAAUAUACACAAAUGAUGUACAAACUGUUUUUGUAUGGUAAAAGAUUGAACUGCAUAUGGCUAGAAUGACGUUUCACUAUUUUCCUAUAAUAUUCCGUUCAGGAGACUACAUUUAAAUAGUGUGGCUAAGGUAUGAAGUGUAGUGUCAGUAUUGUUUACAAAGUACAGUAAAUGAAUAAAGCACCUGUUUCAACUGUAACACUUUGAUAACAAAUAUCUGAAGUGAUCAGGCGACUUAUGCUCCCCACAUGAAUUUAACCCGUCUCUAAUCAGUCUGAAAGAUGAAAACAGCAGGUCAUUCUAAUCAUUACUCGUUAUAUUUUCGCAGGAUUUUUUUUUAGUAUAGAUACACAAAAAUGAAGCAUAAGAAGUUUCAAGUUAUAAUGAGAUCCAACUAAUAUCGUAUCUUGUUACCAAUGUUGUAAUCUAUUUUAAUGGAAUUGUUGGGUUUUUCUUUAAAUGUUGAUGAAUAAGCCAUAUUCUAAUAAAAGACAAUGUGAGACAAUA